AUGUCACUCCAAGCUGUACUGUUGUCUGUGCGUUUGCUCCUGACGUUUGUCACUGUAUGCCAAGGUCUAGAACUGACCAUUGACCGGACACCAGGGAGCCAGUUUUGUGCACAACUUGUGUGCGAUCAGACUGUCAGUCAGACUGACAAACACAUUUCCUAUCUCAUUGGGCUAUCUAUUUAUAACCUGACCAUGGAAAGUUCAAGAUUAAAAUUUGCAUCCAUCUCUGUGUUUGACCCUGACCUGUACAUUGACCAGUCUAAGGUCGAGGUCAUCAACGGGACAGGGAGCAUCACAAGAAGUCAAGGACGUCUGGAGUUAAGUUUCAAGGAUGCAGCCGAUUGUCUGCAGGGAUCGUUUGUGUGCGAGCUGGACUUUAUGAAUGUCAGUGGACAGCUGGACUCUCUCAUCAAGAACAUCACUCCACGGGACAACAGUUCUUGCACAUUGCUUGAGUACCAGCUGAGAGUCUUAGAGGGCAAAGUCACUCUACUCAUAGAGAACAACCGAGCACUGCAGAGCUCGCUAGAACACGUUGUUCAAAGAUUGGACUUACUGGAGCCCCAGGUGAAUUCAUCCUUGAACAAACCACAGCUCGUUUGCUCUAAAGGAUUUUCGUACAGCAAAGCCAGACAGGAAUUCCUGUUAUGGGGUCACAUCCCUGCGCUGUGUGACACGGUGACUGAUGGUGGCGGUUGGGUGAUUAUACAGCGACGUACGAAGGGUGACGUGGACUUUAACAGAACCUGGGUCGAGUACAAGAACGGGUUUGGAACCCCGGACACCGACUUUUGGAUCGGGCUUGACGUUAUCCACAACCUCACCUCUCAGGGUUUCAAUGAACUUCGAGUUGACUUGGGUACACAAUUGGGGACACAAUUGUACGCUCAUUAUUCCAUUUUUUCUGUCGCCAACGAGUCCAUGAACUACCGACUGUCAGUGGAUAGCCUUUCCGGGUCAGCUAGCGACGGUUUGACCCUGUUUCAUAACAACAUGAAUUUCUCCACCUACGACAGAGACAGCGACGGGACAAGUGCCAUUUGUGCCGAGCUGAGCAAAGGUGCCUGGUGGUUUCACGUCGAAUACUGUUGGUACACCAACUUGAAUGGUCAAUGGGGAUUACCUAACUAUGGCAUGUCGUGGUACACAGCAGAUUCAAGAGCCUUCCUUAAUUUUACAGAGAUGAAACUCAGGCGUCACUGA